CCCCACCCGGGCAGCCUGGGCCGGCGCCAGCAGCCACAACAUCAAUAUUUCAUCCGCGUCAGUAAGAGGCAGCGCCCGGCAGCAGGGACCGGGCUGGGCAGCACUUGAGCUCUGGCCAGCUGCAGCGCAGGGUGCAUCUCCUCCUCACCUCCGCCAUGGAUGUCUUCAAGAAGGGCUUCUCCAUCGCCAGGGAGGGCGUGGUGGGCGCCGUGGAGAAGACCAAGCAGGGCGUGACAGAGGCAGCCGAGAAGACCAAGGAGGGCGUCAUGUAUGUGGGAGCCAAGACUAAGGAGAACGUGGUACAAAGCGUAACCUCAGUGGCCGAGAAGACUAAGGAGCAGGCCAAUGCCGUGAGCGAGGCCGUGGUCACCAGCGUCAACACGGUGGCCACCAAGACGGUGGAAGAGGCGGAGAACAUUGUGGUCACCGCCGGGGUGGUGCGCAAGGAGGAUUUGGAGCACCCGGCCCCUGCCCAGGAGGAGCCAGCAGCUGCAGAGGAAGGCGCGGCCCAGGAGGCCUAGAGUGGGGGCGAUUAGACGGCUGCUGUGGACCCCGGAGGCCCGGGGGCGCCCCUCUGCCUUGGACCCUGGCUCCUGCAUCUCAAAGGGCACUCCACGCUCCCCACCGGCACCAUUAGCCACCGUGGGCCACCUUGGCUGCCAUCAGCCUGCCUCCUGCCCUCCAUGAGCUGCUGCGUCACCGCCCGCCCUCAGCCGGUUUCCUCUGCUCUUUCUCGCCUGAAGGUCGAACACUGCUGUGAAAUCUUUUUCAUUUUUUAAACGAUUCCAAAUAAACCUCGAGCCUCAGCCCA